AAAAAAAAAGGUAAUGCUAGAUCAAACACCAAUGUUUUACAAUUUUUGUUUGAAAGAUUGCGUCAAAGAAUUCCACACGUCUGUCUCCAUAUUUCUUUGUCUCGUCCCCUCUCGCGAACGCUUGCCGGAGACUCUUAGGAUUGCGUGCGCACCGGUUAUUGUGCAAUGACUGUCGCUUCUCAAUCUUCUCACUACAAUCACAUGUCGAUUGUGAACGGCCAACUGUUGUGAGUUGUGAUUCGCUAUAAUUCAAAGUCCCCCCUGCUUCAUUCAUUUUAUCACACUGAAGCAGCAGUAAAGAAAGCUAACACCCCUCUAAAAAUCACUGGGUAGCUCAAUUAUCUGAAAUGGUAAUUACUUUUUGUAGUUCUGUUUGAAGUCGGAACUAAAUAUAGAAAUGGAAGGAAUACGUGAAAGCAAAUUGGAGGCUAUCUCACCUGCUAUUUAUGACUUGCCUGGAGAACCAGCUGUGGUGAUUGAUGGUGUCCCUGAAGUUCCUCUAAACGAUGGGAUUAUUAACGAAAGCGCCUCUCUAGCUGUUCCAGUACCUAGGAAUGAGAAAACGGGCAAUUCAGGUUCUGAUAUGGGAAAGUCUAGGAAUACAGGCUUUGGCGAAUGGCUGGAAGGAAGAGAAGUGCGAAAGUUGUUUGAUGAUGCAUAUUAUUCCGGCAUAGUAAUUGGAUUCGACAAAGAAACAGGCUGGUAUAGAGUUGUCUAUGAGGAUGGUGAUUUUGAGGAUCUUGAGUGGCAUGAGCUGCAGGAUGUGCUUCAACCAUUGGACAUAACAAUGCCUCUAAAAUCAUUAGUGUUGAAGAUCAUCCGUAAGAGCCAGAGAUCAGAACCCGGUAUUGUUACAAAUGAUAAUUCCAAAAGAACAAGUGCUGGGAAAACCCGGGGUCCUAGAGUUAUGUCAAGGGCCAGCGCAACAAAUAUUGUUGGUGUAGAAUAAUGGUUGUGUUUCAGGAUUUCAGGCAAAUAGCACUGUCUUAAGAUAUAGAGGCCUGUUUUUUUGUGGCAGUGAAACAAGGGCCGAGGGUAAGCAUAUGACCUACCACCGAUGAUCUGUUGAUGUAUAGCAUAAAUCGAUGAUUGUUAUGGUGUUUCUAUAUUCGGCACUUGUAUGGUCUGUAGGAUUGUAAGGGUUAAAAGGUCCCAGGUGUGUAAAUUAUACUUUUGAUUUAAGACCCAAAUUUUGAAUUUGGCUGUGUAGUGAUGUAAUUGCUUUGUUCAAAUAAUUGGUUUUGGAUCGA